AUGAUAUCAUUAGAGAAUAACUUUCAAAACUCAGCUGAAAGACUAGAUAAACCAUCAGCUUAUUUGAUUAGAAAAGCUAGACAUAAUUAUGGGGAAAUCGAAAGAGCAAUGACACUGAAAACAGUUUAUGUUGGAAAUUUAUCUCAUUUUACAACCGAAGAACAAAUACACGAAUUAUUCCUGAAAUGUGGAGCAAUUGAUAGAAUUAUUAUGGGUUUAGAUAGAAACAAACUUACUCCUUGUGGGUUCUGUUUUGUGAUCUAUAGAACUGAACAAGGUUCUUUAAAUGCUAUGAAAUUUUUACAAUCAACUGUUUUAGAUUCUCAAGAUAUAACGAUCGAUUUGGAUCCAGGUUUCCGUGAAGGUAGACAAUUUGGAAGAGGUAGACAUGGUGGCCAAGCAGGUGCUGAAAUUGCUGCUUCUGGUGGUUUCAGAGGAAGAGGUGGCCGUGGUGGAUUUAGAGGUAGAGGUGGUUACAGAGGUCGUGGUCGUGGUGGAUUCCGUGGUGGUCAUCGUGGUGGAUACAAUGGUGGCAGUAGUAGAGGAGAAACUUCUGUUUAUAUCCCUUCAAAGGACCCUACUUUUGAUGCACCAACUACAUUUAAUCCAAUGGCAAACUAG